AAAACCAAAACUUUUCUUCAUUGCUUUGCUCGAGAGUUGAGCAAUUUUGAGUGUUCAAGGUUUCUGAUUGUUUUGCAUACGAAAAUGGAAUCGAAUCAACCUCACUUCAAGCUAAUUUUGGGAUCUUCUUCGAUUGCUCGACGUCAGAUUUUAACAGACAUGGGAUACCAAUUCACUCUCAUGAGUGCUGAUAUUGAUGAGAAAAGCAUUCGUAAAGAGAAACCUGAAGAGUUGGUUUUGGCUUUAGCUGUGGCAAAGGCUGAUGCUAUUGUGUCAAAACUACUAACUACUGAAUGUGCGAAUGAGGAACAACCGACAGUCUUGAUUGCAUCGGAUACAGCUGAAGCAAUCAUGCAGCAGAUCGCUGAUGGUGAUAACAUAGAGGAGGAUAAGUCGACCUUACUUAUUACUUGUGACCAAGUGGUCGUCUAUGAAGAUGCUGUCAGAGAGAAACCCUCGAGUGUCGAAGAAGCAAGGGAGUACAUAAGAGGCUAUUCCAAGGGGCACACAGCAACAGUGAGUUCUGUGGCUGUGACAAAUCUCAAAACAGGUGUCAGAAAAGGAGGCGUCGAUAGAGUGGAGAUCUAUUUCAAUGAAAUACCGGAAGAGACUAUCGAGAAACUGAUUGAGGAAGGCAUGGUGCUUAAGGUAGCUGGUGCACUCCUAAUCGAACAUCCUCUUAUACUGCCGUGUGUUAAGGAAGUGGUUGGGACAACAGAUAGUGUGAUGGGUCUCCCCAAAGAAUUGACUGAGAAACUUCUAAAGGAAGUAUUGGCAAGCACAUAGGUACAUUUCUGUCUCUCAAUGUUGGUGUAUCCAUGAUGUGAGGACUAUGGUUUCGUCGUUUAAUUUGGGAAAUGAACAAAAUGUUAUUGUUCAA